UUCACAGGCUGUGUAAGAUUCAAGACCUGAACAAAAUGGCUUUGGCAGCAAUUGAUCCACAGCAGAACAUUGUAUCGAGGGUUGUGAACCUUCCCUUGGUGAGCUCCACCUAUGAUAUGGUGUCCACAGCUUACAUCACCACAAAGGACAACCAUCCUUAUCUGAAGUCAGUAUGUGAGAUAGCAGAGAAAGGAGUGAAGACGAUUACUUCAGUAGCCAUGACAAGUGCUAUGCCUAUCAUCCAGAAACUGGAACCACAAAUUGUAGUUGCCAUCAACUAUGCGUGUAUAGGUCUAGACAAAAUUGAAGAGAGACUGCCUAUACUGAAUCAGCCCACUGACAAGGUUGUCGCCAAUGCCAAGGAUGUAGUUGUUGGAGCCAGAGAAGCUGUAACAACCACUGUGACUGGUGCCAAGGAAACUGUUGCUCACACGAUCACUGGAGUUGUGGGCAAGACUAAGGAAGCAGUGCAAGACAGCGUAGAAAUGACCAAGUCAGUUGUCAAUGGCAGCAUUAACACCAUCCUGGGAAGUCGUGUGGUGCAAAUGGUGAGCAGUGGAGUGGACAGUGCUCUCACUAAAUCAGAGACUCUUGUAGACCAGUAUCUCCCACUUACAGAAGCAGAACUAGAGAAAGAAGCUGCGAAAGUUGAAGGUUUUGAAGUUGGAGUUCAGAAGCCAAGCUACUACAUUAGACUAGGAUCCCUGUCUUCAAAGGUCCGCACACGUGCCUACCAACAAGCCUUAAACAAAGUUAGAGAUGCAAAACAGAAAAGCCAGGAGACAAUCUCUCAGCUCCACCACACUGUUAGUCUGAUUGAGUAUGCCAGAAAGAACAUGAAUAGUGCCAAUCAGAAACUUCUUGAUGCUCAGAAAAAGCUGUAUCAAUCCUGGGCAGAAUGGAAGAAAAAUACAGGCCAAAAUGAUGGUGAUGAACUGCAUAGCGUUGAGCAAAUUGAGUCAAGAACUCUAGCUAUUGCACGGAGCCUCACUCAGCGGCUUCAGACCACCUGCCUCACACUGGUCUCGAGCCUUCAAGGGCUGCCACAAAAUGUGCAGGAUCAGGUUUACAGUGUUGGGUCAAUGGCAGGUGAUGUCUACCAGAGCUUUCGGUCAGCAUCCUCCUUCCAAGAAUUAUCAGACAGCUUUCUUACCACUAGCAAAGGACAGCUGAAGAAAAUGAAGGAGUCUCUGGAUGAUGUGAUGGAUUAUCUUGUUAACAACACACCGCUCAACUGGCUGAUUCCUGAUUUCACUAUUACAGACCUGUCUUCAGAGUCAGAUGAUAUCCCAGACAUUCUGGAUUUGGAUGAAGAUGAUCAACAAGACUUUUCACGCACAAAUGGCCCUUACACUACAGGACAAAGAGUUGAAUAAAGAGAAGCAUAAAAAUGUGUUUUUGAUACUAUAUACUUCUGCCAUGUUUAACUUAUAUUUCUCCUUUAUAAAGAUGAAUCUGCCUAGCUUAGGGAUUUUGGGGAUAUUUUUUUAAUCACUAUUGUUUCACUUAGAUGCAUCAAAAAUCUGAUUUUUUUUUCCACCUAAGGAAUGUAUGCUACAUUAAUUCAUUAGCAUGGGUGUGAAACUCCCAUUCUACAAGCCAGGUAUAGCCUAACUAGUGUAUCCAACUGAUCUAAUCUUUGUUAAUGUUGUUCUCUUUGUUAAUGGUUUGUUCUCCUGCUGGCAGCAGCCAUGAGAACACUCCAGUGCUUUGCAUAAAGGGAUGCCAACAAAAGGAGUUGCUGAGGAUUUGCCCACAAAAUUUCCCCUUUCUGUCUAUGUGAAAAGCACUUCUGCAUCUACCUCUUUGCUGCUGG